AUGAAUACCAAAGCAUCAGAACCCGUUUCCUUUUUUCGCAUACCCGAACCAUUACCACCCGAAACGUUUCGGAGCUAUCUAGCUGAAACGCCGUCGUUUUACGGUUCGUACUGGGGAGCUCACUUGGCCAUUUCGUCGAUUUCGGAUCAAGCCGAACCGUUUCACUCGCAGUUUUACGGUUUGAACUUAGCGGAAACUGUUCAAAACCAACCUCAUCUUCCUCCUCCUCCGUCGCAGGCUCCUUCACUCGAUGGAAUCGCCGCAGUCGUCGGGGAGUACGUACUUUUCGGCGGAAAAACCACCGAAAAGUCAGAACCCAAAACCGAGUCAUCGAGUUUCGUUUCUGAAUCAUUGAAGAAGAGUUGUACUACUGCUCAGAGCAAGAGCUAUAGGGGAGUAAGGAAGAGGCCAUGGGGGAGGUGGUCAGCGGAGAUAAGAGAUAGGAUUGGCCGGUGCCGUCAUUGGCUGGGAACUUUCGACACGGCCGAGGAUGCGGCACGCGCUUACGACGCGGCGGCUAGGCGUCUGAGAGGAUCCAAGGCACGCACUAACUUUGAGAUACCGUCAGUGCUGCCACUAGUGAUGCCGUCUUCGUCGGCACCAACCGCAGCAACGACGUCGUCUGGCUCUUCUUCUUCGUCGGCUUAUUCUCGCCGCAUUGGAAGGCGGACCAAGGCGGCCGCUCGGAACGCAAGUAAUCGACGCAAGUGUUCGGUGGUGACAUCACCGGCUCAGUUGUUCAGUGAUAUAAAUAAUAUUGCUCCGAUGGUUUAUUACAGUGGUAAUCGCAAUACUACCAGUCCUGUCGUGGAGCUUGAUUUGAAGCUGGGCGUGACUAAUGGUAUUAGAACUAGUACUUAAGAUCAGAUCAGUCAAACACUAUUAUAACAUUAAUAUUAGGUUUUUCUUUUUUCUUAUAAUAUAUGUUAUUAGGGUCUUAUUUUGUGGGAUUGUAGGGUUUGUUGUUACAUUCCCAGUUUCAACUCCUCAUGAGCUCUAUAAUGGUAGUACGUAGCAGUGUGUCUAGCUAGCUAUAGAUAAUAUGUUUACGUAUAUGCAUGAAAUGAAUAGCAAUCAUGGACUUCAACAGUAGUACUGAAUCUUAUAAAUAUAUUUAU